AUGACGGCCCAGACGGCAGGAAGCCUUCAGGAGAUUGGAGAGGCAACGGAUUCGCUGCUGCAUGGGAUGAAUCUGCGUUCGUUUCUGUUGCGUUUGCCGCUACCAGCUAAGGAUUCUGUCUCAACUGUGCAGGGGAUUUGUGAGAAAGUUAUGAAAAAUAGAUCAGCUUCUCAUACCAAGUGGAACCCAGUUGAUGCAAACACAGAACAACCCGAUAUUGAGCGAGCAGAAGAACAAAUCAAACGCAUUCAGGAGCUCUUAAACAGUCAAAAUGCUGUGGGAUUUGUGCUCGUUAUUGUUGAAAACCCACCACAAGAACAAUCCAAAGGAAUUGAUGUGCACUACUGCCCCGUUGCUGGAGGAAUACUUGAAGUUCUUGACUCCUAUGAGCGCUCCGUUCGAGCCCUUUGGUGCCGGCGUUCGCUGCCUGCUGAGGUCUCUGAGGCGAUAAUAAGGGCGUUGGUUUUGCGUUUAUUUGCGUACGGCUUCGCUGCUACGCAGCAGAUGGUGCCCCAUUCGCUCAAUAAAGAGGCAUUGACUCCUUCUAAAUCUCCUGUAUCAAACCGUCUUAUAAGCUGCACACAAGAAAGCAUUUAUCUCUUUCCUAGAGAUGCCGCCGUCUUCAUGAAGACUCAACUCUGCCUAUCGAAACAUUGGGAAACCCCUUUAGAUGGAGGCAGUCAUAUCGAUCACCCCAAAGCACCCUGUCGAUGCAGCAGCGUGCGUAACGUCGCUGGGGCCUGGCAAUUCUCCGGUAUAAGCCUUUCACGUUUUGUGAAUUAUUGGAGAAACCAUGGAAGAGCCGCACUUGUCGAUGUUCCCGCCUCUGCGAUGUCCUUCUUUGCGGUGCACGAACGCCCCGCACAAGGAGAAAAUGGUGCGAAAAGACAGCGACGGCAUAUCGCCGACUCCGUGAAAACUGAAGAAGAAAGCAAAAACCAAACGCCCCCAACCGGUGAGGCGGCAGUUAAGGGAGUGCCCUCAGAACGCACAUCAGAAGCUACAGACGUUGUGGCUGCUUCGCGGCGUGGUUUGCGACGCGCACGAUCCAUUUCAUCAAUGAGUCUUCACGUACCAAAACAGCAGCGCCGAACUGGCGCAGCAAGGAUGGGCGUUGCCACUGGAGCCAGCUUUAGAGGAUCUGCUCGAAUGUCAGAGAUGCAGGCUGUAUCGAGGCCCCGAAGACCUCUGCAUAGAGAAACGCUUUCUGCACAUCGCAAUUCGGUGCGAUGUAAGCUGGCCACAAUGGGCACCCAAAUGGUGCGUACAGGAACCAUCUGGAAGGCAGGCCCUUCGAUUGCUAGGUAUUUCCUCGUUUUAUUAUUGGCGUGA